GCAAAACAUCUUGAAACCAGCAGCGGUGGACUUGGUUCGGAGACUGUUGUUUGGUAACGCAAGCUUCACUCAGGCUGUCCUGGUUGUGGCAACCGCGGCGCGUCUCGUGGCUGGUCACGGUUCUUCACGUGCCAUCAAAGCAGAUCGUCCCACGUUCUGAGACGCAACUUUUUCCACCUACGUGGCGCCCUUUUUUCCAGUAAUGAACCGAUGAGUCUGAUAUCUUCUUUUAUUAUUGACCCCGUGGUCAGAGCUGGGCGCCGCCUCUCCGGUGUUGGUGCUGCGCCUGUGCCGUCAGCCGGUGACGCAGCUGGCCUGCCAAUUUCACAUGCCAAUCAGAGCGCCAGCUUUGCGACCACACCAGGAAAUGGCGAUAACGAUGCAUAUGCCGAAGUCCCUGCAGCGACCGAUGCACCCCAGACUGCUAGCGCCCGACCAAUCUCCCUGUUAGAACGAGCUCGCAGAUACUCGUCCUUCACCCGCCGGCCCAAUGAUGUGGUUGUCGAUGAAGAGAGCGAUGGCGAAGGCAGAAUCAACACCACUGCACCAAUAGAUAUCCCAACCGCUACAGCUGACAUGUCCUCGAAUCCGUCCCGCGCCCUCGAACACCGCUUCCGCAGCCUUGAACGCAACCCUCCCGUCUCCAGUGCGCCUGCUGCUCCUACCGCUAUCCACGGCGCAAGACUCAGUACCGCAGGCCAGCAUGCUGGCGGCAUGUCCGAGUCUCUGCCCGCCGACGAUGGCUUCACCCACCUGCGCGCGCGCAUCCAUGAGAUCAGGGCGCUGAAUCUUACCGAGCAUGAACGCGCGCAGAUGGUACAUGGGCUGAUGACCGAACGAUACCACCAUAUGCGCCCAACCUCUCCGAGCAGCUUCGUCUCACACGAUCGUCCCUUCACACCCAACUCCGGCCACUCUGUGUUCUCAGAUAAUCGCACCUCGUCGCCUGCCUCCGCAGCGUCUGAUGUCGAUACCGAGAAUCCCUACAAGCUGCGGCCGGGCGACACAAGCCCAACAUAUCGGACAGUCGAUCAUCGAGACGAGGAAGAUGACGAGGAUGACCACGAGGAGGAGCUUGUACUGGGCUGUCAGCACUAUAAGCGCAAUGUGAAGGUACAAUGCUACGACUGUCGACAUUGGUACACAUGUCGGCACUGCCACGAUGAAGUCGAAGAUCAUGCACUGAACCGCAAGGCUACACAGAACAUGCUAUGCAUGGCAUGUGGGACUCCCCAAAAGGCAGCUGAUGCCUGCAAGAAGUGCGGCAUCGAGGCGGCGUGCUAUUAUUGUGAUAUCUGCAAGCUGUGGGACAACAACGCAAGAAAGAAGAUCUACCACUGCCCAGAUUGCGGUAUCUGCAGACGUGGUGCAGGUCUUGGUAAAGACUACACGCAUUGUCAGAGAUGCAAUGUCUGCAUUACCAUAUCCCACGCGGACUCGCAUGUCUGUAUACCACGCGCUACUGACUCCGGAUGUCCCAUCUGCACCGACUACCUCUUCACGUCAUCUGCGGCGGUCGUCUCGAUGCCAUGCGGGCACUACAUGCACAAGCAGUGCUACACACUGUACAUGCAGACCGCGUACAAGUGUCCAAUAUGCAAGAAGAGCGCCGUGAAGAUGGACUUGCAAUGGCGCAAGCUGACAUCAGCAAUCGAAGCGCAGCCCAUGCCCGAGCAAUUUGAGAAUACCAGAGCGAUCAUCCAAUGCAACGACUGCUCGAGAAAAUCUUCGGUCAAGUACCAUUGGCUUGGCAACCAGUGCGACAACUGCGACUCCUACAAUACCAAUGAGCUGCGUAUCUUGAACGGACCUGAUAGUGAACAAGCUGCCAACAAUCUCCUAGACGCCGAUGCAAAUGCGGGUUCCAGAUCACCGGCCAGUGUCAGCUCUCCGCAGUCGCAGGCACUUCGAUCGCCACGUUACUACUUCCAGCCUGACGAACCAGAGGAGACAUGGCUGCCAGGUCAGCUACCGUCGUUUCCAUUCCAGCUGCCCCAGUUCCCCAACAGACCGCGCAUGCCGGAUAUGCCACAGAUGCCGCGCAUGCCCGGCUUUCCGUCGUUGCCACGCUUUCCAUCUCUGCCACAGUACCCGCAGUUCCCAAACAUGCCCAGAAUGCCGCAGAUGCCUCAGAUGCCUCAGAUGCGCCGCGAUGCAGAGGAGAUGCUCGAGCGCUUUCGCCGUUCGAUGGAUGCCUACCUCAAUCCUACCGGGGAAGUACGAGACGAACACGUUCCAUUUAUCGACCUCGGCGGCGACGAUAGACGCGAGACAACAGAAGCCACGGACGGUACGCAGGUCAAGGGCCCAUACUUGCCCCAGUACUACUUUGAACGCUUCUCACAAGCUCUGACACGUUUCCGUAACGAACUCAAUCCCGGUAUGGAGGAAAUACCGGAUUUGAAUCUGUCGGAGGAUCGAGAUCCGGGGGGACUGCAGUUAUGGGGCGAGGAUGGUGGACGCAUUGAACGGCGGCUCAACGCUGAAGACGACGGCGAUGAAGCCUCUGAGGAUGAGAGUAGCAGUGAUGAAAGCCACCAUGAAGAUGAAGAAGAGGAUGACGAUGAUAAUGAACACGAUGGGCAAAAGCAGAAGACGGAUUGGGAUCUACCUGGGCAUCUCUGAUUGAAUUGAACGGCGUUUUUGUGGGCGGCCACGAUAGAUCAAUUUGGGGUUGAGCUGGAAGAAAUAGCAUAGAAGCGGCGCCACUACUAUUACAAACAAAUUAUACCUAGAAAUCAAACAACCUG